AUGUCUUUGUAUAUUGGAGUUUAUAUCGCCUUGUUCGAUUAUGAACCUCAAACUGAUGAAGAAUUGAAAAUAAAUCAAGAUGACAUACUUUAUCUUUUAGAAAAGUCUGACGUUGAUGAUUGGUGGAAAGUGAAAAAGAGAGUAUUACCAGUUGGUGAUGAAGAAGUAGAAGAACCUGUUGGGUUAGUUCCUUCCAAUUAUAUCGAUGUGGCUCCAGUUUUGAAGACUUGUAAUGCAUUAUAUGAUUAUGCCAAACAAACUGAUGAAGAAUUGGAUUUUUCAGAAGGGUCUACGUUUCAAAUUUACGAUUUGAAUGAUCCUGAUUGGCUUUUAGUUGGUGAUACUAAUGGGAAAUAUGGUUUCAUUCCUUCCAAUUAUGUACAAAUGAAUGAUUCUGGUGCCACCACAGCUCCAGUGAGCCAGCCACCACAAUCGAAUAUUCCUGUUACUCAGUUUGCCCCACCUCCUCAACAUAUUAGUAGACAAACCCCUAGUGCUACUGUGAGCCAAGAAGAAAUCAAACCUCCACCAAUUGAGAAGGACCAAGUUGAAGAUCUUGAUCCUGAAAGUGAAGAUGAACCUCCAUUACCUUCUAGACCUCAAGCUCAAACCAAUAGACCAUCACAACCUAUGAACAUUAGACGUAGUUCUAACGGUAGUGUUAAUGAUUAUGGCAGAGGUUAUGAUGAUGAUGAAGUAGCACCUGCAAUGCCUUCAAGACCUGAUGUUACUCCCACUAAAGGAAGAAGCAGAAGUAGUAGUAAGUAUGAGGAUGAAGAAGAUUUGAACCAAGAACAUACUUUUGAUGGAGAAUUCUUUAAAUGGUUCAUUGAUGAGAUCGAUGGCAGAAAGAAGAAACCUGUGAUGUUGGCUAUAGGUAAAGGAUUGAUUAUUUUGAAACCUAAUAAGGUGAAAAGUCCUAGUAAGUUACGUUUAAGAUCAUCAUCAACCAGUGAAAUCGAUAAUGAAUGGAAAAUAAGAGAUUUACAAAGCUUUAGUAACGAGAAGAAGCAUUUAUUCUUGGAAUUUAAGAACCCUAUCGCUUCUGUAGAAUUACAUUGUGGAUCUAAGGAUGUAAGUGAAGCUAUCAUGUCAAUUUUAGCCGAUUUGAAAGGAGCUGAUAAUGCCAAAGGAUUAAGAGAAGUUGAAAGAGCUAGUCAAUCACGUGUUGGUGGAAGUAACAAAAGAAUUGGAAGAUUGUUAUAUGAUUUCGAAAGUCAAGGUGACGAUGAAUUGGCAUGUAGAGAAGGUGAUGAAGUAUAUAUCCUUAAUGAAUCCAAAUCUAAAGACUGGUGGAUGUGUGAAAAGAUUGUCAAUGGUAGACAAGGAGUUGUUCCUUCAUCAUAUAUCGAAAUCAUCGGUACUUCCAACCUCGACAAAUUAACUGACGCUCCUGAUAGACAGAAAUCUUUGAAGGAGAAGAAAAAAGCUAAAACUCGUCAUAGAGAUCGUGAUGAAAGGGAAAAGAUUAGAGAGAAAGAUAGAUUAGAAAGAGAAAAAGCUAGUAAGAAAUCCAAAUCUUCACCUUCAAAGAAUGAAGACACUUCAAUGCCAAAUUACCAUAGAGUCAGAACUUGGAUCGAUAGUUCAGGUUCUUUCAAGGUUGAAGCUGAAUUCUUGGGUUGUAUUGAAGGAAAGAUUCAUUUACAUAAAACCAAUGGAGUUAAAAUCGCCGUUGCUGCUACAAAAUUGUGCCUUGAAGAUUUGGAAUACGUUGAAAAAGUUACUGGUACUUCUUUACAAGAUUAUAAAGAUGAAGUGAAUCGUCAAAACGCCAAAAGAAAAGCUCAUGCUGAAAGAAAAUCAGCAGCUGCUAAAAAAGAUGACUUACCACCAGAACCGGUAUCAAAAUCCGCUACAGCUGUCAUUAAUGAUGUUCCACCACCUCAACCUACAAGACCUAAAUCUUCAACCAUAGCUGUGAAUGACCCUGAUUAUGAUUGGUUUGAAUUCUUCCUCAAUUGUGGUAUAGAUAUUGGUAAUUGUCAACGUUAUACCUUAAACUUCAACCGUGAGCAAAUGGAUGAUAAGAUUCUUGAAGAUAUCACCCCUUCAUUAUUAAGAACCCUCGGUUUAAGAGAAGGUGACAUUAUCAGAGUGAUGAAAUUUUUGGAUAACAAAUAUGGUAGAAAGAGAGACGAUAUUCCAGUUCAACCAACAGGUGCAUUGUUUACUGAACCAACAGGUGCUUUGAAGAAUAACUCAUCUUCAGAUAUUCCAAAAGUCGAUGCUAAAGCUUUACCAACACCUUCACAACCUCCUCAACCAACCCCUGCUCAACCAGCACCUCCUCAAACCACUUCAUUCGAAGAUGACGCUUGGGCAAUCAAACCUGCAGCUAGAUCCAAUGAAGAUUUAUCCAAACCUUCACAACCACAACAACCUCAAUACACUGGAUCUUUACAAGACUUAGUUAAUAUCAAGCCCCUCGAGAACAAACCACCACCAGCUCCAGUUCAAUCAAAUUCUCAAACCCCUUCAGCUGCAGUCAUGACUCCAGUUAAAACCGGUAAUUUGAUUCAACCAGGACAACAAUUCGGGGUCCAAAAAACUGGUAAUGGAACUUUAGUUUCUCCUCAAAAAACUGGAACUUUAGUACCAGUCCAAAGAACUGGUGGUUUAAUACCUGUAAUGACAGGAGGCUUGAUGACAGCUCAACCAACAGGGUUCAUUCCAAUUGCUUCUCAACCAACAGGGUUCAUGCCUAUUCAACAAACUGGUGGAUUGGCUCCUCAAUUUACAAUGGGUGGUACUUUGAUUCCAAUCCAAACUGGAGGUAUCUUUGUUCAAAAAACUGGUGGUGCUAUCAUGCCACCAACCAGUUUCAACCAACCAAUCUUACAAACUGGUGGAGUCACAAUGCCUAAUACCUCUUUUGGUCAACAGCCAGUGUUUACUCAAGUCACUGGAGGUGCUUCAAUGCCACCUACUUCAUUUGGACAACCAUUAUCUUUACAAAGGACUGGUCCUUUGAUACCAGUUCAAAAGACAGGUCCAAUGAGUCAACAAAUCACAGGAGGUGUUCCAUCACAAAUCACCGGAGGAAUGCCACCAACAUCUUUCGGUCAACCAAUGCAAAGUUUCCAACCCCAAAGUACUUUUGGUCAAAGUUUGACUGGAGGUGGGUUCGGACAAGGAUUCCAACCUCAACAGCCUACUGGAUUCCAACAACAAGGUUUCCAAGGACAAGGAUUCCAACCUCAACAACCAACUGGUGGAUUCCCUCAAACUUCCUUUGGUCAACCUAAUGGGUUCCCACAAACCUCGUUCAGCCAACAACCAACCGGGGGAUUCCAAUCUGGCUUCCCACAAACAUCUUUUGGUCAACCACCCAACCAACAACCUUCCCAAUUCGGACAAUUCCAACCACAACAAACUUUUAACAAUUUCCAACAACCAAACCAAAUGAAUCAAAUGACCAACAUGUUCCAAAAUACAAGCAUUUCAAGUCCUCCGACCUUUAAUCAACAAAUGAACCAAAUGCCAACCACAUCUUUUGGUCAACCAGCAUUUGAAGGUUUUAGUCAACCUUUACAAUCUCAACCAACAGGUUCAGGAUUUGGAAAUGCUCCUUUGACAAACCAACCUACUGGCAGAAGAGCAAACUUACUGGCAGCCACCCCCGAUAAUCCUUUUGGAUUUUAA